AUGGAAUGCAAAGACAAUUUGGCAGGCUGCCUCAGUAUGCAGGUUUUUGACAAUAAAGUGGAUGGUCAGUGCCUAGGACCUGGCCUGACUGGCUUAUUCAAAUUCCUAUCUAUUGUUUUUUUCCUGGUUGGAUGUAUUGGAAAUGCAGCAUUUUUGUUCGUUACUGCAAGGAGUUAUCAAGAACUAAACUCGACCGAUCUUUUUUUGGUCGGACUUUCUGGUCUUGACCUCAUCGCAUCAAUUUUCUUGCCCCUGGUAUAUUUUCUAGAAAUUUCAGAUUCUCUUCAUCAUGGUUCAAACGGCGCUUGCCAGUUCAUGACAUUGAUGCACGAAAUUUCAAUCGUGCUCACUGUUUAUGUUCUUUUAUUUACAAUCCACGGUUUCUAUCGAAAGUUCGUUUUGAACAGAUCAGAAGAGAGCAAGAAAACAAGAUUCGUUGGCCUAUUUACCUUCGGCACUUUCCUUGUGGUAAUUCCAGCAGUGCCUAUUGUGAUGGACACACGUUUGGAGAAUGGCAAAUGCCACGUUGAGGUAUUGACGUUCACUAGUGUGGUGAUCUACGAUGUCGUUAUUUUCAUCAUCCAAGUCAUACUCCCUCUUACUGUUAUCACCUAUCUUUUCGCACGACUUGGGGUACAAUUGCAUUACAAUCGAUUCAGAUCUGAGGUGGAUGCAAUGGAAAACGCGCGCAAUAAACGAAAGACACUCGUUCUUUUGGUGAUCACGUGUACGUUUUAUCUCCUUUUCUUGCCAUACAUGUUUAUGAAUCUGUGGUUCCUCCUCGACUCAGGACGAAAACUGGCAUCCAAACACUCCUGCUACAUUUACGAUAUUUUCCACCUCAUAAUUAGUGGGAAAUGUGUUGUUAAUCCAUUAAUUUAUCUUGUCCUGGAUGAGAAUUUCAGAUACAACCUUAAACGUAUCAUCAGCAGCUGUAGAAUUGGGAGAAGACAUCAUUUCAUUAAUGUGAAAUAUUCUGAACAUCGGCGGGAAGAGUGCCUGAUUGACGAAACUGAUGCUGUUGCACAGGGUGGUAUGGACUGUGAAAUGAAUGACUGGGAGCCAGCAAAAAGAACAAGCUCACCACUGCCCCCAGACCCCCAACUGGAGCUUAAUGAAACAGAUCAUGAUUAUGAAGAAGACAAUGGCAUGGGGGAAGACAGUGUUGCUAUUUUACGUCCAUGGAAGAAUCUUAGGUCAACUUCGACUUUGUAG